AGCCUCCAUGGGGUAGGAUGCUCUCUCCUUCCGCUCAGCAGAACACCUACUAGCCCGACAGGAAACCCUGAGCCACACGCCAGCGGGCGCCCUGGGAAGGUGACGUCGAGACUAGCCCAGCCUAAUUUGGGGCUCCUGGUCCUGCUCCAGGGGUUCUCCAGCCUGCAGCACCCCCCCCCACCGCCGAGGAGGGAGGCUUGUCUGCCGCGGGCUGGGGUCCAAGUCAGGGAUCGGGGGCCCUGGCUGGUAGCAUAGAAGACUCAGUGCUGCGCUGAGUCAGGAGCCCUGCCCCGAAGCCUGUGGGGCCUUGGGCAAGGCCUUCGAGCGCUCUGUCCACAUUUGAUCAUCUGGAGAACUCGGGGUUGGAUCUGUGAUGUCUGGCUGCCCCUGAGACCCGACGGUCGAGAAUUUAGGUCAGGUGGCGGGAGCGUGCUAACCGUGUUGGUGGAGGGAGCUGUGGCCAGAGCCCACCAGCCAGGCGCUCGCGCAGUCCCGGGGUGUCCUGCCGAAGGGUGAGAGCAGAGCCAUGCCAGGCAGCGGCCCCAACGAAAGGAUGACGUGGCCUGGUCCGGCCCUCCCCACGGGCCCCCCAACGCGCCCUCUCUCCUCAGCCCCGGGGACACCGCCCAUCCCGCCCCUCACCCGGACCCGCAGCCUCAUGGCCAUGUCCCUGCCGGGCAGUAGACGGGCCUCUGCUGGAUCCCGCAGCGGGGGCCCUUUGGGCCGCAGCGGCCUGGCGGUGUUUGCCCAGUGUCCGCCGCUGCCUGCCAGCCAGAACGAGCACCUGCCUCUUCUCCCUGCCUCCAGGCGCACCUCCCCCCCAGUGAGUGUGCGGGACGCCUACGGUACCUCCUCUCUCAGCAGCAGCAGCAACUCGGGCUCCUGCAAGGGCAGCGACAGCAGCCCCACACCCAGGCGUUCCAUGAAGUACACGCUGUGCAGCGACAACCAUGGCGUCAAGCCACCCACCCCAGAGCAGUACCUGACCCCGCUGCAGCAGAAGGAGGUGUGCAUCCGGCACCUGAAGGCACGGCUGAAGGACACACAGGACCGGCUCCAGGACCGGGACACGGAGAUUGAUGACCUGAAGACGCAGCUGUCGCGCAUGCAGGAGGACUGGAUCGAGGAGGAGUGCCACCGCGUGGAGGCCCAGCUGGCCUUGAAGGAGGCCCGCAAGGAGAUUAAGCAGCUCAAGCAAGUCAUCGACACAGUCAAGAACAACCUCAUUGACAAGGACAAGGGGCUGCAGAAGUACUUCGUGGACAUCAACAUCCAGAACAAGAAGCUGGAGACACUGCUGCACAGCAUGGAGGUGGCCCAGAACGGCCUGGCCAAGGAGGACGGCACCGGCGAGUCGGCUGGCGGGUCCCCUGCCCGCUCCCUCACCCGCAGCUCCACCUACACCAAGCUGAGUGACCCGGCUGUGUGCGGGGACCGCCCGCCCGGCGAGCAUCCCGGGGCUUCUGCUGAGGAUGGGCCAGACAGCGGCUUCGCGGCGCCCGACGACAUGCUGAGCCGGACGGACGCGCUGGAGGCCAGUAGCCUGCUGUCGUCGGGCGUGGACUGCGGCCCCGAGGAAGGCUCGCUGCUCGGUGACUUCGGCCUGGGCUCCCGCUUCCCCGCCAGCAACACCUACGAGAAGCUGCUGUGUGGCAUGGAGGCUGGCGUGCAGGCCAGUUGCGUGCAGGAGCGUGCCAUCCAGACGGACUUCGUGCACUACCAGCCCGACCUGGACACCAUCCUGGAGAAGGUGACCCGGGCCCAGGCCUGCGGGGCAGUCCCUGAGCCAGGAGGCAGAUGUCCAGAGCUAGAGCCCUGCCCCACAGGGCCCAAAGACCCCACCUCAGCAGUGGUAGUGACGGUGGGUGACGAGCCCGAGGCCCCUGAGCCCAUCACCCGAGGGCCAAGCCCGCAUUGGCACGGUGCCAACCCCAGCCCAUCAGUGAGCGUGGCGUGCCCCAUGGAAGAGGAGGAGGAGGUGGCCGCGGCCGAGAAGGAGCCCAAGAGCUACUGGAGCCGCCACUACAUCGUGGAUCUGCUGGCUGUGGUGGUGCCGGCCGUGCCCACAGUGGCCUGGUUGUGCCGCUCACAGCGACGCCAGGGCCAGCCCAUUUACAACAUCAGCUCCCUGCUGCGGGGCUGCUGCACAGUGGCCUUGCACUCCAUCCGCAGGAUCAGCUGCCGCUCGCUGAGCCAACAGGGCCCGGGCGGGGGGCCGGGCGGCGGCUCCCAGCUCUGAGAGGCCUGCGGCCGGCCAGCGGCUCCGGCAGCCCGACCACUGAUUGUAGGGGUGCCGCUCUCCCUCUCUCAUGUUCCCGGAGGGCAGCGUCUUAUUUAUUUAGUCUUGGGUUUGGACGUGGUUAUUUUUUUUUUUUCAGGAUGUGAACUAUGUCAGGGGGCUGGGAGUCGGGAUUGGGGGAAGGCGUCCCAAAACGUGGAUGGGAGGCAAGGGAAGAGAAACCAAAAGCAGGAAGGCAUACCAAUUGGACAAAUGGCAGAGAGGAGGUGGCGAGGUUCCCCCCAGCCCAGCCCUGUCCUCCUGUACCCUCCCACAGAGUGACCCUAGCCCACUGCGUCUCUGGUGUGUUGAUCUGGGGAAGCUGGGCCCCAAGAUGCUGGGAGCCUCCCUGCCCCCACCCCCACAUCCUGUCUGGUGGCCUCCGGCCCACGCCUUCAGUCUCAGGCCACCCCUUGCCCUCCGUCCGGCAUCCUGGGCCAGCGUCAUCUCCUCACAUGGAGGUGGCUGCCUCGCAGAGAACAGGCAACUGGCCAGGGCUCUGAGCAGGGUCUGCGGCCACCAGCUCUGGGCCGCGAUCCUGGCAUCUGCAGGCUGCUCCCUGCACUGGGACUUGGAAGCAUGGUCCAGGCCGUGGUGGGCAAGAGGUGGCAGGGCGUAGCGUGGGUUCUCUGUCUGUUCGUCCUAGACCUUCCCUGUGAUGCAUUUCCCUCUCAGCACUUCUGGCCACAUCAGAUCAUUUGUCCUGUGACAGCUGAGUCAGGCAGGCUAGCACCAGGGCUGGAGCGCGUCCUGGAACCCUGACCCCCAGCCCCCACCCUCUGCCUGCACGAGAGGAGGUGGGGGCUGGAAGCUCUGGGGACAGGGGCUCCUCCGGCCUUCUGAGACGGGGUCCUGCCAUUUGGGGGCAGUCUUCAGCUGGUUUGAGAAGCCAGAGGCUGCGACCAAUCCCCAGAGCUCACCCCGGCUCCCUCCGGGGGCUUCAGGCCCAACUUCUGCUUUGCACUAUGUUCACUUUGGGGCUUGGUCCUCACGCACCCAGCUUCUCCACUGAGGGGCUGCUGGCCGCCUAGGGCAAGGGUUCCUGAACUCAGACCUGGCUGCCUCUGAAAGGAACUCCAGCAGGACUGGCCAGAUUGGACACUGAAGACAUGAUGUUUGUCUAGGCCGAAGCAGGGUGCCCUGGGACGUCUCCCAGGCAGGGAUGGGGCAGGGCAGGCAGGGGUGCCCUGAGCCUCCCCACUUGCAGCCUGAGGCCAGGUGGCCUGGGAGCUUCACCGCCCCCCCUUUCCUGGGACCACAUCUGGUCCCCCAGCAAAGCUGCUUACCUGUUACCACCACUGUUGUUUUACAAAGUAAACAUGCUCCUUCUCCCUGUAGGGCGUACUGGUCACCCCUCCUUCAGAGGUUGGGCCUCACAUUUGAGGGGUUGGUGGGACCCCGUGUCUUACUUGUCCCUCAGGCCCAGGGGCCACUCUGGUCCUCUGCCAAGGCUGCUUGCCCACCCCUGCUGCUCCGACAGCCGCUGCCUGACUUACAGGCUCCGCCUUUCCUCUGUGCCCUCCGCUCCAGGGUGGGAUGGGUGGGCACCUGCAUGCACUGGAUGUGGGCAGCCGGCCCAGCCAUGGGGGUGACAGUCCCCUCUGCCACAUGCUUCGUGCCUCCAAAGCUCCCCCCCCGCCCCGGCUGGAGCCUCAGACCAGCCAUCCUUUGUGGAGCACCCUCACCCCAGCCAAGCCACACUCGAACUCCUGGGGCCCGGCUGGGGCCGCCCCACAGACACUGGGGUCGUGACACGGAAGGGCCGUGGACAGACCCCAUCCAAAGCCAAGCCGGGACUGGCCACGUACCCAGCCUCCUGUGCCGUGCACUCACAAAGCUGCAUAGUGUCUCAUUAGAAAUAGUCAAAGCUUUGCCGAGAAAAUAAAUGUAUGACUAUAUUUGACAACAUAAAAUCUAUAUAUUUUUCACCACUGGAAUCUAGUCGAGCUGCGUGGCCCCUCUGCUCUCGUCUGUGUCUUGCUCUCUGUGGCCUUCCUGUUGCGUCUUGUGUUUUGGUGGACGUGGUCCGGGCUCAGGCCGAAGCCCACUCCAUGCUGCGGGAGAAGGCCCUCCCCAAGGGCGGCGCAUGAGGUGAGUGGGGCGCUUCCACUAGUCUGUCCCUCCGGGUUGCAGGGCCCCAGCCCACAGCACUGAGGGUCUUCUCUUUUGGGACCUUUGACGGGCUUUACUUCUUCCUUGUGUCAGUGGAGGCAGUGGCCCUGCGCCCAGCCCUGGGAUGGACCCUGGGGGUCGGGCCCUUUGUGUGCGCGUGUGUGUGCUCAGUGUCCGCAUCUAUGCAAAAGGGGCAGCGCUGCAUGUGCAGCUCCAGGCGCUGGAGGCUCGGCGGCCUGCUGGCUCGGGCUCCCAGCCCUGGUGACGCAGGGCACAGAGUGUGGGGCGGGAGGGAGAGGCCAGGGGCCUGGAGCAAAGAGCUCCUCCUCCAAAGUUCCCUUUUUCCUUCUUGCUUAAUACCUCCUCCUGCUGGGCUGUGGCCUUCCCGUCCUGCCCUCAUCUUCUGGAGCAGAAAGAGUCAGGGCCUCCCCUCUCCCCAGCUGGAGCCAACUAAACCCUAAGGGACAUUUUCCCAGGAGCCACCUCCUGGAACUGCUCUGCCCCUUGGAGCCCAGGAGGCAGAAGUGGCUUCCACUUAUUUGGGGGCCUGGCUAUGCCUCCCUGCUGCUCUUCUGGUCCAGGCCCAGGCAGGAAUCAGCGCUGGGGCUGGGACUCUGCACAGAGAGCUGGCCUCCCGUGGAGUGUAGGCUGAGCAUCUCCCAAGGGGAUAAACUUAGCUCUUCACUGAACACCCUUCCCAGUGGCCACUAGCACCGGGAACUGACUGACCACGCCCUGAGGAGGCGCAGGCAGUGACAGAGUUCUGGGACAAGGGCCAACCAAGGGCCUGAGCCCAGGGAACUCAUGAUCCCCCCACUCUGACCUUGGGGCACAGUGCAAAUGUGUCACAGCUCACUCUCCCAUUAGGCCAUCCCCUUGACAGAGAAUUUAGGGGAUAUGGGAAGGGGGGAGGUGGGGAGGGUCUUCACUUUGUCUCCUUUGUCCUGUUCAGAGUUGUACCUGCAGCAGACAGCUCUGAAUUAAAGCAUGAAAACGCA